CCGACUGGGAGGAGCCUUCUGGAGCUGCAGCCUGGGGAUGACACUGGGGAGCAAAGCGGGCAGAGAGGAGGAGGGGUCCUGCCGGCCACGGACACACUGGCCUCCCGGGCCGGCAGUGGGUGCUCCUUAGGGGGCUGUGAGCUGUGAGGGUGAAAGAAGGAGAGCAGGGCAGGGGUGGCUGGAGAGAGGAGAGAGAAACAGGCUGCAGGGGGCCCCAGGGGGUGUCUUAGACAGGGAGAAAGACAGACUGGGUGGGGGAGCGGCUGGAGGGGCCCUAGACUAGGGAGAUAGAGGGGGGCCAAGGUACUCGGGAGAGAGGAAACAGGAAGAGAAGGCGACAGACAGAAAAAGGACACAAGGAGAAAAGAGUGAGGGACCUAAAGGGAGGCAGACGCAGGGCAGCUGUUCCUGGACCACAGCGGCCCGGGAUGGCCCUCAGGAUCCCCGCCUCGGCCACCUUACUCCUCAUGGGGCUGCUGACCGCAGGCCUGGCCCAGUCUCCCAGCCCUGCUUUGGCCCCCCGAGGCUUCUGGGGCCUGCCCGAAAACACAACGGUGGUGGAGGGGGCCACUGCCAAGCUGCGGUGUGGGGUCCACGCCCCAGGCAGUGUGGUGCAGUGGGCCAAAGACGGGCUCCUGCUGGGCCCCGAUCCCAGGAUCCCAGGCUUCCCCAGGUACUCCCUGGAAGGAGACCCUUCUAAAGGUGAGUUCCACCUGCGCAUCGACGCGUGUGACCUCAGCGAUGACGCCGAGUACGAGUGCCAGGUCGGCCGCUCCGAGACGGGCCCGGAGCUCGUGGCUCCCAGAGUGCUCCUCUCCGUCCUGGUGCCCCCCAAGGUGCUCCAGCUGACCCCCGAGGCCGGGAGCACAGUCACGUGGGUGGCUGGGCAGGAAUAUGAGGUCAGCUGUGUGUCCGGGGAUGCCAAGCCAGCACCGGACAUCAUCUUUCUCCAGAGUGGACAAACAGUAGCUGACAUCUCUACUAAUGUGAAUGAGGGGUCCCAGGAGAAACUCUUCACCACAGAGGCCACAGCCAGGGUGACACCCCAGAGCUCGGAUAAUGGGCAGUUACUGGUCUGUGAGGGGUCCAGCCCCGCUCUGGUCAUCCCCAUAAAGGUCUCACUCACCAUGAAUAUUCUGUUCCCCCCAGGGCCCCCCGUCAUUGAGUGGCCCGGCCUGGACGAGGGCCACGUGCGGGCAGGGCAGAACCUGGAGCUCCUGUGCACGGCCCGGGGCGGGAACCCCCCAGCCACGCUGCAGUGGCUGAAGAACGGCCAGCCAGUGUCCACAGCCUGGGGCACGGAGCACACUCAGGCAGUGGCCAGCAGCCUGCUGGUGAUGGUGGUGCGGCCGGAGGACCACGGGGUGAGGCUCAGCUGUGAGGCCCACAACAGCGUGUCCACGACGGUCCAGGAACGCAGGGUCACCUUGCAGGUCACCUUCCCCCCCAGCGCCAUUACCAUCCUGGGGUCCCCGUCCCAGUCUGAGAACAAGAACAUGACGCUGUCCUGCAUCACCAAGUCCAGCCGCCCGCAGGUCCUGCUGCGGUGGUGGCUGGGCUGGCGCCAGCUGCUGCCCACAGAGGAGACUGUCAUGGACGGCCUGCAUGGGGGCCACAUCUCCAUGUCCAACCUGACAUUCCUGGCGCGGCGUGAGGACAAUGGCCUGAUGCUCACGUGCGAGGCCUUCAGCGAGGCUUUCACCAAGGAGACCUUCAAGAAGUCGCUCACCCUGAAUGUGAAAUAUCCGGCCCAGAAGCUGUGGAUCGAGGGGCCCCCACAGGGCCAGCGGUUCCGGGCUGGGACCCGCGUGAGGCUGGUGUGUUUGGCCAUCGGAGGCAACCCGGACCCCUCGCUCACCUGGUACAAGGACUCGCGCACGGUGUCGGAACCACGGCAGCCCCAGGAGCCGCGACGCGUGCAGCUGGGGAGCCUGGAGAAGUCAGGGAGCACCUUCUCGCGCGAGCUGGUGCUGAUCACGGGUCCCUCCGACAACCUGGCCAAGUUCACGUGCAAGGCCGGCCAGCUCAGCGCGUCCACGCAGCUGGCCGUGGAAUUUCCCCCCACUAACUUGACGAUCAUGGCCAAUGCAACCGAGCUCCGCCCCGGGGACUCCUUAAACUUGACUUGCAUCAGCAUUAGCAGUAACCCUCCGGUCAAUUUGUCUUGGGACAAGGAGGGGGAGAGGCUGGAAGAUGUGGCUGCCAGGGCCCGGGCUGCCCCGUUCAAAGGCUCGUCCGCCGCCAGGACGGUCCUUCUGAGAGUGUCAUCCCGCGACCAGGGCCACCGUGUGACCUGCCGAGCCCACAGCGCCACGCUAAGGGAGACCGUGAGCGCUUCCUACCGCCUCAACGUGCUGUUCCCUCCAGAGUUUCUGGGGGAGCAGGUGCUGGUGGUGACCGCAGAGGAGCGGGGCGAGGCCCUGCUGCCAGUGUCUGUGUCUGCCAACCCCGCCCCCGAGGCGUUCAACUGGACCUUCCGCGGUUACCGCCUCAGCCCAGCCGGCGGCCCGCGGCACCGCAUCCUGUCUGGGGGAGCCCUGCAGCUGUGGAACGUGACCCGCGCCGACGACGGCCUCUAUCAGCUCCACUGCCAGAACUCCGAGGGCACCGCCGAGGCGCUGGUGCGGCUGCACGUGCACUAUGCCCCCACCAUCCGAAGUCUCCAGGACCCCACUGAGGUGAACGUUGGGGGCUCUGUGGACAUAGUCUGCACUGCGGAUGCCAAUCCCGUCCUUCCGGAGAUGUUCAGCUGGGAGAGGCUGGGAGAAGAGGAGGAGGACCAGAGCCUCGAUGAUGUGGAGAAAGUGUCUAAGGGGUCCACCGGGCGUCUUCGGUUCCAACAGGCCACGCUAGACCAGGCUGGUGCCUACCAGUGCAUCGUGGACAAUGGGGUGGCACCCCCAGCCCGAGGGCUCGUCCGACUGGUUGUCAGAUUUGCCCCCCAGGUGGAGCACCCCACUCCCCUAGCGAAGGUGGCUGCAGCUGGGGACAGUACCAGCUCUGCCACUCUCCACUGCCGUGCCCGAGGUGUCCCCAACAUUGUCUUCACUUGGGCCAAAAACGGGGUUCCUCUGGAUCUCCAGGAUCCCAGGUACACGGAGCACACGUACCACCAGGGCGGGGUCCACAGCAGCCUCCUGACCAUUGCCAACGUGUCUGCAGCCCAGGAUUACGCCCUCUUCACGUGCACAGCCACCAACCCCCUCGGCUCGGACCACAUCGACAUUCAACUCGUCAGCAUCAGCCGCCCUGAUCCUCCACUGGGAUUAAAGGUCGUGAGCAUGACCCCAUACUCGGUGGGGCUGGAGUGGAAGCCUGGCUUUGAUGGGGGCUUGCCACAGAGAUUCAAAGUCAGGUAUGAGGUCCUGGGGAUGCCAGGCUUCUUCUACAUGGAUGUCCUGCCACCGGAGGCCACCACCUUCACACUGACUGGGCUGCAGCCAGCUACGCAGUAUAGGAUCUGGCUGCUGGCCAGCAACGCGUUGGGGGAGAGCGGAAUAGAUAGCAGGGGGUCCCAGACCACUGUCACCACCCCAGGUCUAGAUCAACCUUCUGGAGAACCCGAUGACCAGGCACCUACAGAGCAGCCAGCAGGACCCUCAGAGCUGCCCCUGCUGCCUGUGUUGUUUGCUGUUGGGGGUCUUCUGCUGCUUUCUAAUGCCUCCUGUGUCGGGGGCUACCUCUGGCAGCGCAGACUGAGGCAUCUUGCUGAGGGCAUCUCAGAGAAGACAGAGGCAGGGUCGGAGGAGGACCGAGUCAGGAAUGAAUAUGAGGGGAGCCAGUGGACUGGGGACCGGGACACUCGAAGUUCCACGGUCAGCACAACAGAUGUAGAGCCAUAUUACCACUCCAUGAAGGAUUUCAGUCGCCAGCUACCCCCGACACUGGAGGAGGAGUCUUACGCCCAAGGUCUUGAAGCCUUUCCUGGGCACCUGUAUGAUGAGGUGGAAAGAUUGUACCCCCCACCUGGGGCUUGGGGAUCCCUCUACGAUGAAGUUCAGAUGGGCCCCAGAGAUGCUCACUGGUCUGAGGACAAGUAUGAAGAUCCAGGAAGAAUCUAUGAUCAGGUGGCCAGUGACUUGGCCCCUAUGGAACCUGAUUCUCUACCCUUUGAGCUGAGAGGACAUCUGGUGUGAGACGGCUCAGCACCCUUUGCUCUACCACCUAUUAUGUCCUGCAACAUGACUUCGCAGUGGCCAUCUUCAUUCCAGACUGGGUUGAGCUUGCUAAGUGAACUUCAUAUGAUACAAAGAGACUGGACAUUUUUCUUUUGUAAAGAUUUAUUUUAUUUAUACAUACAGAAUUGGGCCAUAGGCCAGAG